AUGGUUCUUAAGAAAGACAGGGCCUUGGAAAAGCUUAUGGAUAACGAGUUUCGUUAUGUUAUUCGGCAUGUCAACAGCUUUGUGUCGCUGAAAGCUGAAAGGUGGUGUAGUCUCAGAAAAAGGUAUGAUGCCAAGUGGAAACAUAGAUUCACACCACAAUUUUUUGUUUAUGUACUGGUGCUUGAUGUUGUUUUUCUUUUUGACGUUUUAGAUGAAUCGCUGCAUUUCAAUAUUUGCAAUGGAGGAGCUGGAGUAAAACAUGAAAGACAAGAAAGCGGUUUGCCUGUAGCUAGAGAUGCAUAUAAGCAUCUCCCCUCAGAUCUUAUAUUAAACAUACUUGCUCGCUUACCCGCUGAUUCAGUAAUACAGUGCAAACAAGUGUGCAAAACGUGGAAGGACCUACUUUGCCAACCUUCCUUUCCUCAGGCGCACUUACUCCAUCAGCUUAAUGGUAACUGUUUCUCAAGUCUUUCUUCUCAUACCGCUGCUAAUAUUCCCAUUAGACUUCUUUUCUCCUUUGCAUGGAAACUGGAACGCGGCAACCAACUUUACUACGGAGAGUAUGAUAACCAGACUCGUAAUAAAGUUAGAAAGAUCAACCAGCCGCCCAUUGUUGGUAAGUCGGUUAUUGGUUCGUGUAACGGACUUAUUUGCUUUUCUGAAAGCAAGGGCUUUUAUGUCCUUGAACCUAGCUAUGUUUGUAACCCUAUCACCGGAGAAUAUGUUAAUAUUCCAGGAAUAUUCAAUACCAAGAUGGUCGACUACUCUGAGUUUAUAGUGAGUGGUUUUGGUUACCAUCGUUCUACUAACGAGUACAAAAUCGUAAGAAUCCACUAUACCAAAUUCACACAUUUGGGGCGAGUCGGGGUAUACACGUUAGGAAAGGGCCGCGGUUGGAGAGAGACGGGAACAACCACUCACUCAUUGCGACCUUCUAGGGGCCAAGCUAAUCCGGGUAUGCCUUAUUAUUUAUCCCCAUUUGGGACUUUGGCAAACGGAGCACUUCAUUGGCUUAACAAGGAAGGGAAGAUUGUGUCCUUUGAUUUGGCUAAGGAGAAUGUAUACUUGCUCCAAUCACCACCCAUUGUCCGUUCUACAAGUGUAUAUGGAAACCGGUUUCAGCUUCAGGUAUUGGGUGGAUGCUUGUGUUUCGUUCAUGAAAAGCAAGAUGAAUGCUUAGACAUAUGGUUCUUAAGAAAGACCGGGGAAAGCAGUAGUUCUGAUGUGAAUGAGCAGGACGAUUACGACAUAUUGAGCUGGAUUAAGGAGUUGAGCAUACCAAUUGAACGUUACGCAGAGCCGUGUGCCCUUACAAAUCGUGGUGAAGUUCUAAUGCACUAA